UACCGUUGUCUCCUCGACUCACCACUCCUACACACCGCUCCUCCCUUAAUUAAUUACCGUUCUCUCUCUCUCUCUUGUUCUAGUUAAUUCAUAUAAAAUACUUCGUACAAUUUACAUUGUUCCAAUUAUAUCUUCCAUUGUUUCAUCUUUUACUGCUCUGUUUCUUCUUCUUCUUCCUGCAACUUGUAAUCCCUAAAUUUAAUCAUUUCCUUUUUUUUUUGUUUUCUUCUACAUUGUUUAUUUUCUCUCUCCUCUUUCUACUGGUUCGUUUUGGCUUCCCCAUUCUUCGAUUUCCUUCCCAUUUUUGUCCUCUUAACAUAACAUAAACAUCAAUCCUGGAGUAUUUAUUUUCUGUUCAGAAAAUCCAACUAAAUUAUAAACAAAAAAAACCCCAUUUUUUUGAAUUUCAAAUUUCAUAAUUAAAGUCUCCCAUCUUCUUUACUCCUUUUGUUUAAUACCAAGUACCCUUUUCCAUCUUCUUCUUCUUCCUUCCCGCUUUUUAUAGUCUUUCCCUUUUUCUCAACAGUCAAAUUUUACUCCAUAAGUUCUGUUUUUGUUUUUUCUCUAAAAAUAAUUACAUUUUAUUUUUGGAAAUUUUCUGACAGAUAUGAUGUUUCAAAGGAAACUUGUCUGAUUUGAUUGAUGUUAGUUGAUUGAAGGAAUUGAUAAACAUUCAAUUCCAGAGGCAUUAUAUCAUUUUUUUGUGAUUAGUCAUUUCAAUGAAGUGAGUGAUUAAAUUAAAUACUAUUACUCGCUCCGUUUGGGAUUGUUUGCACCAUUUUCCUUCUUUCGACCUCGGGAUUUAGUGUGAAGAGGUUUAGGAGAGAGAAGGAAAAAAGUGGCGUUGGGCUCUAAGCAUAUGUCAUUUUCAAUGCAAGUACUGAUAUAAACAGAACCAUGUUCAUUUUCAAUGAUAUUACAGACUUUCAUGAUGGUCUGUAUUUUUCUUCAUUGAAGCUUCUGUUCUUGUGAAACCAACAUCAGCAAAUAGUCAAAACAUCCCAAAACAUCUCCAUUAUUUCUGCAGCUUCACACAAAAGACAGGUUGCUUGAUUUUACUAAUUCUGGAAAAAAAAAAUUGGUUGAACUUUUGUGGGUGAAUAUUUGGAAAAUUUGGGUUACUGUUACAAAACAGUGAAUAAAUUUGGAGGAUUUUGUGAUAGAUUGAAAAUUGUGGGUACCCAUUUGGAUAUUUUUGCAUGAAAUUGCAAAAUUAUUAAGGGUUUGUUUCAACUGAAGUGAUUAUUGUUGAGUAGAGAGAACUGAGAAGUGGGGUUUGUAAAUUAGGAGAGAGAAAAUGAGUGGGCAACAGCAGAAAAGAGAGAAGAAUGACAAGGGUUCAUCGGAAGGUGUUGAGAAGGUUAUGGUUGCUGUAAAAGCUUCAAAGGAAAUCCCAAAGGCAGCUCUUGUUUGGGCUUUGAGUCAUGUUGUUCAACCUGGUGAUUGCAUCACUCUCAUUGUGGUUGUCCCUCCUCCCAGUUCAGGUAGGAGAUUGUGGGUUUUCCCUAGAUUUGCUGGAGAUUGUGCGAGUGGUCAAAAGAAGUUGUUUGCUGGUACGAGUUCGGAGCAGAAAAUCGAGUUGACAGAUUCUUGUUCUCAAAUGAUACUUCAGCUACAUGAUGUUUAUAAUCCUCACAAGAUAAAUGUGAAGAUAAAGAUUGUGUCUGCAUCUCCUCCUGGAGCUGUAGCUGCAGAAGCGAAGAAGGUUCAAUCAAAUUGGGUUGUAUUGGACAAGCACCUCAAGCAAGAAGAAAAGCGUUGUAUGGACGAGCUCCAUUGCAACAUUGUGGUCAUGAAAAAGUCACAGGCUAAAGUACUCAGACUGAAUUUGGUCGGACCUUCAACGGAACUUGUACUAAGUGGUCCGUCAGGUGGCCAACUUGAUGAAGUUAGAGGGCCUGUUGUCACUCCAAGCAGCAGUCCUGAUUUAUUUACCGCGACAGAAGCAGGAACAUCAUCUGUAUCGAGCUCAGAUAUUGGGACAUCGCCUUUUGCUCCAUCUGUAAUGAGUGAAAAGUUAAAGAAGAGUGAUAUGGUCCUUAUAAAAGAAAGUAGAAAUCUUGUUGUGUCAGACUCGGAUGAUUCAGAUGAAGAGGACUUGUCUCCAUGCUCGACAAGUUCAGGGGUUCGGCCUUGGAUGGGCGAGUACAUAACAUCACAUUUACGGUCCUCUAAGAAGCUCGAGAAGAGGUCUUCGACACAAAAUGAUAGGGAUUCUGGUAUUGGGUCUAGAAGAUAUAAGCCUGAUAUUGAGUUUAGUGGAAAUGUGAGAGAAGCCAUGUCUCUAUCAAGAAGUCCUCCUCUUGGACCUCCUCCACUAUGUUCAAUUUGCCAACAUAAGGCACCGGUUUUUGGGAAGCCUCCAAAGUGGUUUAGCUAUGCUGAACUCGAGCUUGCUACAGCUGGAUUUUCACAGUCUAAUUUCUUGGCGGAAGGAGGUUAUGGGUCAGUCCACAGAGGGAUACUACCUGAUGGUCGGGCUAUUGCUGUGAAACAACAUAAAUUGGCAAGUUCACAAGGUGAUGUUGAGUUCUGUUCGGAAGUGGAGGUUUUGAGUUGUGCUCAGCAUCGGAAUGUUGUUAUGCUUAUCGGCUAUUGUAUUGAAGACAAGAGGAGGUUGCUGGUCUAUGAAUACAUAUGUAAUGGAUCCCUGGAUGCACAUUUAUAUGGACGGAAUCAGCCCCCUUUGGAAUGGUUUGCUCGGCAGAAAAUUGCUGUUGGAGCUGCUAGAGGACUGCGGUAUCUACACGAAGAGUGCAGAGUAGGCUGCAUUGUUCACCGUGACAUGCGUCCAAACAACAUUCUUCUCACCCAUGAUUAUGAACCACUGGUGGGGGAUUUUGGGCUGGCGAGGUGGCAACCUGAUGGAGACACUGGGGUCGAAACAAGAGUGAUAGGCACAUUUGGGUAUCUAGCUCCAGAGUACGCACAAAGUGGGCAAAUCACAGAAAAGGCAGAUGUCUAUUCCUUCGGUGUUGUACUUGUUGAGCUUCUAACAGGAAGAAAGGCUGUUGAUCUAACUCGAUGCAAAGGCCAGCAGUGCCUUACUGAAUGGGCGCGGCCCCUUAUGGAAGAAGGUGCUAUUGAGGAGCUAAUCGACCCUCGUCUUGGUAACCGGUAUUUAGAACCAGAAGUCGUUUGCCUGAUGCAUGCUGCAUCCUUGUGCAUUCGCCGAGACCCUCACUCCAGACCUCGGAUGUCACAGGUCCUUCGUGUACUAGAGGGUGACAUGUUCAUGGAUUCAAGUGUUCUGUCCACACCUAGGCACGAUACAGGGAAUCGCAGUGGAAGAAUGAGACUGCUGGACCGCGAGUCAUACAGUGGUCCAUUGCGCAACGAGGAAAUAGAAGAAUACACUGGUAGUUUAUCCCUAGAGUCACUGAGGACAGCUUUGUGGGAAAGGGAAAAGAUUAGGACUUCAUCAAACCAUUAAGAUUUUUGGACAAGAGAAGAUUGCUUUUGCUGUAGGAUUUUUUGGGGGAGUUCCUGUAUUACUCUUCUCAUUUGGUUUUUGUAUAGUAUAUUAGAAGGUAUUUGUUGUUAAAUGUUAAUAUUGUAUGCAUUUUGUGUAAUCAUAUAUUGUCAUAUACCAGCCAAGUUAUUCCAAAUGAAGAUCCCCUCAAAAAUAAAUAAAUUUCCAAAUGAAGAUGCCACUUUUGCUAAUCUUCUGUUUCUUUGA